UUCAGGUUAUUCUCUCUUACGUUGCAUUGACCAUUCUUUACAUAAUAGAUAUACAUAACUGACUCCAAGCGCCUCCAGUAGGAAGAAUUGUAGACAAGGUAAUUGAAUAAAACAUUCACUGUCUAACCAACAACGGGUGUACGUCUUUCUAUUUAGGAAGAGAGAAAACGCCACAUGGCGACCUAGUGACAGUGAUACGGCCUUAAGGUUGAACAGAGAAAGGAGCAAAAGUCAAAAGCGAGAAAAGCAAAAGGGAAAAGUUUUUUUUUAUCCAUAAUGACCAAGUGACAGUAAUACUGCCUUAAGAUGAAUGAUCAAGUGACAGUGAUACUGCCUUAAGAUGAAUGAUCAAGUGACAGUGAUACUGCCUUAAGAUGAAUGAUCAAGUGACAGUGAUACUGCCUUAAAAUGAAUGAUCAAGUGACAGUAAUACUGCCUUAAAACGAAUGACCAAGUGACAGUGAUACUGCCUUAAAAUGGGCCUAUUUAACUCAAAAAAAGUAGUGAAUACUGGUGAUCACCAAACACAGGUGAUCAACCAUUUAGAAAAUCAUACUGAUACACUCGAACAGAGUGAAAUUAAAUUAUGGUUAAUCUUGGUGCUAGUAGGUGCACAAUUCCUACUAGUAUUAUACAAAAUCCAUAAAAAACAAUCGCGCCGACAGGCGUUAAAAGCAGCCAGGAGCGUUGCUGCGAUAAACAAUGCUUAAAAACAGACUGAGUGAUAGACACAUGCAGUGUUGAUAAAAAUAAGAAAAGUGCAAACCAAAUAAUUAGCUGACCCGGAGAACAACGAUGGUGUUCUGGAAUCCAAUUUUACAUUUUGUUCAUCACAUUCGCCACCACCUCCUCCCUGGAAGCCCGUCAGGAACCCCCGGUUGGUAGUAACGAAUCCAUUUUACAUUUUGACACAUGUUGCUGAAAUUUGAAUUAAAUUUAAGAUUGACAGAAAAUAUUGGCAUUAUAUGGCAAUUAGCGAAUGGAUAUUGAAGUACAUAAAGCUGUAAUUGAUAGCCACAUUUCACGCUUAAAUUCAAUUCUUACCAAUCUAAGAAAAGCCCCCAAUCGUGCAUAUAAAAGAAACACUUUGACUACAAAACUAACGGAUGCUCGUACAACAUACACACUAAUUACAAAUAUUUUAGCCGACUAUGAAUCAGAAUAUCCCGAAAAUGAAUUUAAUUUUUUGUAUAAAUGUACACGCCAAAUAUACAGUGAAAUACAUACGUUAAUUACAACAAAACUUGAGUACGCAGGUGUUCAUACAAUAAGCGUUUAUUCAUUGGCGUGUGCCGUAAAUUUCAUUCAAAAAUUAAAAUAUAAAAUCAGAGCGAAGAUGGCGAAAGUUGACAUUAGGUUGGGCACCACCCUUGUACAAAUGUACGACGGUGCUCCAGAAAACUUGGACGCUUUCAUUGAUGCAGUAAAUCUGUUCAAUGAUACUGUUGUUAAUGACUUUGCUGCAGCGACCGCCGCACAGCAGGCAGCAGCUCAGGUUACAGUAGUACGAUUCGUCAAAUCGCGACUCACUGGAGUUGCACGUCAGGUUAUUGUAGGAGCCAAUGACCUGCAAGGUAUUUUUGACGCAGUGAAACAACACUGCGAAUCCAAAAUUACUUCAGACAAUAUCAUUGCAAAAUUAAAAGCCGUAAAACAGAAAGAAUCAGCAGAAUCAUUCUGUAGUGCAGUGGAAAAAUUAACCGCACAGCUUAGGUCGGUCUACGUAACAGAGCAAAUUCCAAUAAACAGAGCUAAUACGAUGGCUACCAAAAAGGGCGUCGAAGCUCUCAUAGACGGUGUCAGAAACAAUGACACGAAGAUUGUUUUGAAGGCUGGGACCUUUACCAAAAUUACAGAUGCUACUGAAAAGCUCAUGGAAAAUGACAAACCAACCCCUACACAAAUGUUCACGAUUCGUAGUACUCAACAAAACAACCACGGUAGAAAUUUCAACAAUGGUCGAGGAAAUUGUCGUGGUCAUUUCCAAUAUUACAGAGGUAACCAAAACAACUUCCAAAGGAGUAAUUCUAAUCGUGGAAAUUACAACGGUUAUCGUGGAAAUUUCCACGGUAGAGGUAAUCAUAACGGAAGAAGACCUUACCACCAACGAGGACAGUUGUCACAAAGAGGACAUUUCAAUCCUCAUUAUGGAAUGUAUGUAGCCCAAAACAUCCCCCAACAAUUGAACCAAACCCCUGUUUUCCAACCAAUGCAAAACAAUAUGCAACCCUCGUUGCCUACCCAUCCACCAACACAACAGAUACCGCAACCUAAUUUUUUAGGUCAAACUCAAGGGCAGUUUAUGCCGUAAAUUUAUCUGCAACCAAUUUUGUGCUUUUGAACGUCGAAUGUGCCGAACAACAAUGUAGUUUUAUAAUAGAUUGUGGUUCAGAUAUUUCAGUUAUAAAAUCCUCAAAAUUAAAAUAUCAGCAAAACUAUAACCCUAAUGACACAUGCACUAUUUCCGGAAUAGGCAACGGUACCAUAACCACUUAUGGAAGACUCACCACUAAUCUGUUAAUCGAUGAAUUUUCGCUUCAACACAAAUUAUAUACGGUAAGCGACAACUUUCCAAUUCCCACCGACGGUAUUUUAGGAAGGGAUUUCUUUACCUCUUAUAAGUGUUGUAUCGAUUAUAAUACCUGGAUCCUGAUAAUGAAUGCUUUUAACACCCGCAUUACUAUACCAAUUUACGAAAAAUCACGCACCAAGCAAAUCAUACCUCCACGAUGUGAAAUAAUUAAAAAUCUAAACCUACCUUAUCUACCAGAAGAUAUGGUUACCAUAUCAAACGAGCUAACUCCAGGAUUAGUGUAUGCAAACUGCAUUAUUAAUAAUGAAAACAAGUUUGUAAAGUUCAUAAACACAACAAACGAAAAUAUACUCAUCCCAGAAAAUUUCAUACCGACUAUGACACCUCUACGAAAUUUUUGUUUCCAUAGUCGAACUAUUCUACAAAAUGGAAACCAUACAAGGAACGAACGAUUAGUUCGCGAACUUCAACUAAACAAUAUCGACCCAAUAAUCAAAUCUGGCCUUGAACGUCUUUGUAGGCAAUAUAGUGACAUAUUCGCGUUAGAAGACG